AUGUCGACUGAGAGUAUCCGUAUUGUAGUUUGUGGGGAUGAAGCGGUGGGGAAAUCAUCUCUUAUUACCGCAUUACUCAAGGAAGAGUUCGUUCCAAACAUUCAAAGUGUCAUUCCUCCAGUGACUAUUUCCAGUGAAGACUAUGCUGACAGUGCAUAUGAAUACAGUUCGGAGUCAGAUACGAAUGGUCCGAAGAGAGGGACAGAUGAAGAUCUUUAUCUGAGUAAUGGAUCAUUACAUAUACUGAAGUCGAUUCCCAGAACGACGGUUCUUGUGGAUACAAAUUCAUCCGAUAUGACUAAAUUACAGAAAGAAUUGAAAAGAGCAGAUGCUAUAUGGUUAGUAUAUUCUGAUCAUUAUACAUACGAGAGGAUCUCAUUGCAUUGGUUGGCCAUGUUCCGUUCCAUGGGAGUUAGUUUACCCAUUGUACUUUGUGCCAAUAAAUCAGAUUUACCGGAUUCCACUUCGGGAGGUACCAAGCAGCAAAAUGCAGAGGAGUUCAUUCCUCUUAUUAACGAGUUCAAAGAAAUUGAAGCAUGCGUACGAUGUAGUGCUAAAAUCAAUUAUAAUGUUAGUGAAGCAUUUUAUUUAUGUCAACGAGCAAUCACUCAUCCAAUAUCACCCAUUUUUGAUUCCAAGGAAGGUAACUUGAAGCAAGCAUGUGUAGUGGCAUUGAAAAGAGUGUUUUUCCUUUGUGAUAUUGAUCAAGAUGGAUAUUUAAACUUUGAAGAGUUUUCUAGAUUACAUUUGAAAUGUUUUAAUACUCCAUCAACCCCUCAAAAGUAUCAAGCUAUCUUGACAGCAAUAAAUAAGAUCAUAUAUCCAGAUUUGAAUAAUAAGGGAGAAUCAAGAGGUAUUUCAGAAGAUGGGUUCAUUUUAAUUAAUAAGAUCUAUGCGGAGAAGGGUAGACAUGAAACAAUAUGGGGUAUUUUACGUGCUUUCCAUUAUACAAAUUCACUUUCUUUACAUGAUAAAUUCUUAUAUCCAGAACUAGAUGUUCCGCCAAAUGCAAGUGUUGAACUUGGACCUAUUGGAUAUAGAUUUUUAGUUGACCUCUUUUUAAAAUUUGAUAAGGAUAAUGAUGGUGGGUUAAAUGAAGAUGAACUUUCCAAUUUAUUUUUACCAACUCCUGGGAUCCCUAAGCUUUGGCAAGAAUCUCAAUUCCCAUCUUCCAUUGUUCGUAAUGAAGAAGGGUAUGUUUCACUUCAAGGAUGGUUAGCGCAAUGGAAUCUUACUACAUUCUUAGAUCACAAAACAACUCUUGAAUACUUGGCAUAUCUUGGGUUUGAUGAUGAUAGUUCCGUGAGAGCCUUGAAAGUUACAAAACCUCGCAAGAGAAGACAAAAGCAAGGGAAAUUCUAUCGACAAGCAGUUAAUGAUCGGAAUGUAUUUAAUUGUUUUAUUCUUGGAGCGCCCAAAUGUGGGAAAUCGUCGCUAUUAGAACUGUUUUUAGGUGGAAGUUUUAGUGAAUAUUAUUCUCCAACCAUCAAACCAAGAUUAUGCGUUAAAGAUGUUGAACUUCGUGGAGGGAAACAAUGUUAUCUUAUUCUUGAAGAAUUGGGGGAACUUGAACCGGCAAUUCUUGAAAAUAAGUCUAGAUUGGACCAAUGUGACGUUGUUUGUUAUGCAUACGAUUCAUCAGACCCUGAAUCAUUUCAAUACUUGGUUGAUUUACGCGCCAAAUAUGCUAAUAAUUUGGAUGACAUCCCUAGUGUGUUUGUAGCAUUGAAGGCUGAUUUAGAUAAGCAACAACAAAGAUCGGAUGUACAACCUGAAAACUAUACAAGAGAUCUCUUUUUAAGUUCUCCAUUGCAUAUAUCUUCAUCUUGGACAUCCUCUUUACAUGAAUUAUUUAUUCAAUUAGUCGAUGCUGCAAAAGUCCCUAGUUUGGCUACUCCGGGACUCGAAACGGAUCCAGACAAUGUUGACCAAGAAAAUAUGAAACAUAUUGUUAUGGCAGGUGGUGCAGUUACUGUUAUGGCACUUGUAUCCAUUUGGAUUUGGAGAAGCUCCGUACAAAGUGCUAGAGUUUGA